AUGCGGUGUACGGGUCUCGGGGUAAGCAUUGCUGAAAAAGUUUUGAGGGCCAAGGUAGAAGGAGCUGAGAACAAAUCAAGCACACACACUACAAUGGAUCAAUUAAACGUCAAAGAACAACAAGAGUUUCAACAAGUUGUUGAACAAAAGCAGAUGAAAGACUUCAUGAGAUUGUACUCGAACUUGGUCUCCAGAUGUUUCGAGGACUGUGUCAACGACUUUACCUCCGCCAACUUGACCACCAAGGAGAACAACUGUAUCAACAAAUGUUCCGAGAAGUUUUUGAAACACAGCGAGAGAGUUGGUCAAAGAUUCCAAGAGCAAAAGUAUGUAUUGCCACCUUCUAUGAAGCAACCCAUAGCCAUCACAUAUACUAACUGUCAGUGCCCUUUUGAUGCAAAACAUAAAGAAGUAAACGAGCAUGUGAGGCUCAUUAUGUACAUAAGAAUAAAAAUUAAACGCAGAAGCGUUCUUGCCAAGCCAAUCAGUGAUCUUCUUAAGAGGCGUUCAAGCCGACAGUUGUAUCUAUCGUAA